AUAAAAAUACGAUCGAAUUAUGUUUGCUAAUUAAACAUUGAUCAGUGCAGCCAAGAGUGAACGUUAAAAUAGAACACAAGUAAGGCUACCUAUUGCAAGCACAGCCAAUAAACAUCAACAAAAAGCCAAAAAAAUGAUAAGCUUCUCAGCGGAAAAGUGAUAGACGAGUGAAUAUUUUGGUUGCGUAGGCAGAUUUUUAGCAAGUUCCUGGCGGUUCGAUCAUUGCAAAUAGGGACCGGAAAUGAAUCUUUUGGAUAACAACCCCUACGGGAAUGGACUGCUUUAUGCGGGCUUCAAUCAGGAUCAGGGCUGUUUCGCUUGUGCCACGGAUAAUGGUUUCCGUGUGUACAACACCGAUCCGUUGAAGGAAAAGGAACGCCAAUAUUUCUCAGAUGGUGGAAUCGGUCACGUGGAGAUGCUAUUUCGAUGUAACUAUUUAGCCCUUGUUGGAGGCGGAAUACGUCCCUUGUAUCCCCCAAACAAAGUUCUCGUUUGGGACGACAGCAAUAAAGCACCGGCUAUUUCACUGGAUUUCAACGCACCGGUUAAAAGUGUCCGCCUGCGGAGGGAUCGCAUAGUAGUAGUUCUGGAAGGAAUCAUCAAAGUGUACACUUUCACCCAGACGCCGAACCAGUUGCAUGUGUUUGAAACUAGCCAAAACUCACAAGGACUAUGCGUUCUCUGUCCUAAUAGCAAUAAAUCUUUGCUGGCAUUUCCCGGUCGAAGAACUGGCCACGUGCAGAUUGUUGAUCUAGCAAAUACGGAAAAAGCUCCACAAGAAAUUGUCGCCCACGAAACUGCAAUCAGUUGUAUUGCACUUAAUUUGCAAGGAACGAGGCUUGCCACAGCCAGUGAUCGCGGCACGUUGAUUCGCAUCUUUGAUACGUCUAAUGGGUCAAAGGUAGCAGAACUACGACGAGGCUCAAAUCAGGCAAAAAUCUACUGUAUCAACUUUAACCAUCAGUCUACGGCGGUUGUAGUUUCGUCAGACCAUGGCACCAUCCAUGUAUUCAAUUUAGAUGAACCGAAGAGCAAAGAAUCAUCCAGUUUACUAACGAAAUAUUUUACCAGUCAAUGGUCGUUUUGCAAAUUUUCGAUUCCGCAAGGACCACCAUGUAUAUGCGCAUUUGGCUCCGAAAACAACUCUGUUAUAGUGAUAUGCGCAGAUGGACACUACUACAAAUUUGUCUACAACAGCAAAGGCGAAUGUAGUCGGGAAGUUUGCUCUCAAUUUCUAGAAAUGACUGACGAUCACACAUAAGCAUGUUCUGGGUGCAUGGAAUUUUGGUGUCUUCAAGAACGGAAAUAUUAUUUUAACAUGGACGCUACUGACUCUGAAAAGGAGGAACAGCGCCUUUAUUUUAGAUACACUAUUAUAUUCGAGCGAAGGCUGUCUAGAUGACAGUCGAAAAGAGAUCGAUUAGUGAAUACUGGAUAUACAGCAUCAUUCAUAACAUAUGAAUUUAAACUUAUCUAAUAUUAUUGUAUGUCAGCUAAUAGUACGAACAGUCUAUUAAACUACGCUACUCAGUAAAUAUUUUUGUUGGAAAACUUAAA